AUGAUGAUGAUGAUAUUCGAAAUAAUUUUAUUUAUAUUACUUUUUAUUAAUAACAGUUUAUCAUUAGAAUGGAAUUGUCUUAUGAAUAAAAAUUCUAUUGAUAAUAAAACAAAAUAUCUUCUUUAUUCGAAUGAUCAAAUAUCUGAACAGUGUACAAUUACAGUUGAAUAUAUAAAUGAUCAACAAGAAAAACAAGUAUGUAUUGCACAUACAUUGACAAUUACAAGUCUACCACCACUAUCAUUAUCUUCAAAUCAUACAAUGCAAACAUUUAAAAUAAAUUCAUGUCAAUUGUCUACACUUAGUCAAUUGCCAUUUUCAUUACCUUCAUCAGUUGAAAUACUUGAUUUAAGUUAUAAUUCAUUGUCAAAAUUUAUUCUUUCAUUUCCAUUACCAUCAAAUUUAAAAUCUAUUUAUCUUGAUAAUAAUCCAAAUUUAAUUGAUAUUAAUUUUGGUAAUAAUCGUGUACAAAGAAAUCUUAUCGGUCUUAGUCUACGUCAUAAUAAAAAAAUGAAACUUUCGUCUUUACCGCCUCAUUUAACUCAACUUGAUUUAACUGAUUGUGACUUGUUACAAUCUUCAAUAUUACCAUUGUUGAUAUCAUUAACAAAAUUGACUCAUUUAUCACUAGGUGACAAUCAACUAGAAAGAUUGCCUUCUAUUGAUGAAAAUAUACAACUUGAAUAUCUCAAUGUAUCAAACAAUCGUUUGACAUUUAUUGAAGAUGGAUGGUUACAUGGACAGUUACACAUACUCGAUCUUAAAUUUAAUCAAAUACAAUCACUUGAAUUUCUCAAAAAUAAAUUAAAAUUCAUAUCAACUAUCAAUCGAACAUCAAUAUAUAAUGAUAAUGAUCAAGUAAAUGUUAAUCAUACUCUUGAAUUAUUUCUUAAUGGAAAUCCAUUAACAUGUGAUUGUUGGCUUGGUGCUAUACUUGAUUCAUCACCAGCUUCUAUAAUCAUUCAUGAUUUGCAUUUGCUUCAAUGUCAUUCGCAUUCGAUUAUGGAUAUGUCUCGUAAUGAUUUACUAUGCCCAUAUUCACGUCAUUGUGCAUCUGAUUGUUCAUGUUGUGAUUUUGAAGCAUGCGAUUGCCAUUUUGUAUGUCCUUCGGAUUGUUCAUGUUCACAUGAUGCUCAAUGGUCACGUCAUAUAGUAAAAUGUCCACGAACAAAUUUAUCGGAUAUACAUAUUCUCUUACCACAAACAAUCACUGAACUUGAUUAUGAAGAAAAUGACAUUGAACAUAUACAACCCUAUGUAUUCAUCGGUAAAACAUCAUUGAUAAAAUUAAAUUUAGCAAAAAAUAAUUUACAACAAUUAACAAAUGAUACAUUUUGUGCAGCAAGUAAUUUACAUGAAUUAAAUCUAAGUUAUAAUCCAAAUUUAAUUACGAUAUUUCCAUCAAUAAAUAAUUUAUUUCAAUGUUUAAAACAUUUACAAACUAUUAUCCUGUCUAACGAUCAAAUUACAAAAGAACAACCAAUUAGUGAUGGAUGGAUGAUUCUUUCCAAUAAUAAUGAUAGUACAGUUCAUCUUACAAAAAUAUUACAAAAAUCUUCAGCUAUACUAUCGACGAGUACACUUCUAACUAUUCUUAUGUCUUCAACGAAUCGUCCAAUACGUAAUUCACCAACUAAACCUAUUAUAAUGCCACCUACUUACCCACAAGAAUGGACGACCUUCAUACCAUAUACUGAACUACCUAUUAUUCGUGAAAUUCCAUUUGUUCAACAUCAUAAUCAAACUCUUACUAUUAUUGUUUUUUUUCUAUUAUUAUUUGUUUUACUUUUUCUAAUAUUACUUAUCACAUUAGCUAUUUGUCGACGUCGACUACGUCGUCAUUUAACUGCUGAACUACAACGUCAACGUUCUCAUCAUUAUUAUUAUCAUCAUGCUCGAUUACAUCAACCAUCGAUUAAACCGAUCGAUAAUCAUGGAAUUACAGGAACAAAUGAUAGUCUUUAUGAACAACUGCCAUCGCUAUCAUCCGAUAGUGAACAACCAUUUUUAUAUAAUGAAAAAAAAUUAAAUAUUACAAAUGUUCCAAUUAUACCACCACAUCCAUCAACACUUCGUCAUCAUUUUUGUUGUCAUCCAACAAAUCAUUUACUUCAUAUACCAACAACAAAUUCACAUGAAUAUCAAUAUGCUACAAAUAUUACGACAACAACAGGUUGUUCAACACCAACUUCACAACAACAUCAAUGUGCAGCUAUUCUUCUUUGGGCAAAUCGAUUACUUUAUCCAACACAGAAUACAUAUAAUCAUCGUGAUUGUUCAGCACAUUCAUGUCCAUCUGAAUUGCAACAUUUACAACAACGUCUUCUCUCCAAUCAACAAGAUCAAACAUCAAUCACAGCAGAUAAUAAUGUUAUGCGUUAUUGUAAUAAUGAAACAUUUUAUGUACCAUCUACGACUUGUCGAUGUAAUGGUCAUGUACAAAACCUUGACACAUAUAUUCAUCCUCAUGUACAUAGAUAA